AUGUCGAAGCUCGCGAUGUCGGCGUCGGCGUCGCGCGGCGUCGUCUCCGCCCCGCGCGCGCGCGGCGCGGUCCGCGCGCCGAGAGCGUCCGGUCCGACGCGCGCGCGCGCGGUCCGCGCGUCGACGCACCACCGCGAAUCGAUGACGAGAUUCGCCCCUCGCGAUGCGACCACGUCGUCGCGCGUCGCCGCGGCGGCGUCCGACGGCGGCGUCGACGAGACGGACGUCGUCAUCGUCGGCGGUGGCCUCGCGGGCCUGUGCGCGGCGAAGACGCUGACGGAGAAUGGGGUGUCGUUCGUCCUCCUCGAAGCCUCCGACGGCGUCGGCGGUCGCCUUCGCACGGACGCGGUGGACGGCUUCUUGCUCGAUCGCGGGUUCGCGAUCUUCCUGACGGGGUACCCGGAGGCUCAGAAAACGCUCGAUUACGAUGCGUUAUCUUUAAAGCCAUUCUACGCCGGCGCGGACGUGCGAUUCCAGGACGCGUUCCAUCGCGUCGCGGACCCGCUGCGGCACCCGAUCGACGCGGUCGCGUCGCUCUCCCCGUCGCAUCCGAUCGGCUCGCCCGUCGAUAAGAUCCUCGUCGGCGUCGCGCGUCUGCGGAGCCUCUUCGGCGACUGCUACGACAUCCUCUCCGCGCCGGAGGACACGAUCAUGGGGCGGCUGAAGUCGUCGGGAUUCAGCGACGACAUGAUCCACCGGUUCUUCCGGCCGUUCAUGUCCGGCAUCUUCUUCAACCCCGCGCUCACGACGUCGUCGCGGCUCUUCGUCUUCGUCAUGCGCAUGCUCGCGACGGGGCAGAAUUGCCUUCCGGAGAAGGGCAUCGGCGAGGUCGCGGAGCAGCUCAGGAGGAAGCUCCCGGCCGGGAGCGUGCGCUUGAACGCCGCGGCGACGGCGAUGCGCGACGACGACGAGACCGGGACCGGGAAGGUGGUGACGACGGCGGGCGGGGACGAGAUCAGGGCCAGGCGCGGCGUCGUCGUCGCCGUCGAAGGUGCGUUCUAUACACUGGUCCCCAUACGACCGCGUCGGCGUGGUGGACGCCGUUCCUUAAGGACUUUGCCCGGCGCAUCUCUCCGCCCAUCCAAUGCGUUCAAUCCCCGCCCUCGACGCCUUUCAACUCCGACUGACGCCUUUCAACUCCACCCCGUCGAAGGCCCCAACGCGGCGAAUCUUCUCGGCGACGCGUUGACCGUGAACUCCCCGAGCGCGAGCGGCGACCCGGUGGGGACGACGUGCCUGUACUUUGGCAUCGACGGCGAUCCGCCGCUGCCGACGCCGGUGCUCUACCUCAACGGCGACGGCGACGGGAUCAUCAACAACUGCUGCUUCCCCUCCGCGGUUUCGCCGUCGUACGCGCCGAAAGGGAAGUCGCUUCUGUCGGUCAGCUUGAUCGGCGUCCCGGAGACGAGCGACGACGAGCUGACCGCGAGAGUGCGCGGCGAGCUGAAGCGCUGGUUCGUGGGCGAGGGCGGCGGCGGCGCUGACGUGGACGCGUGGACGCAUCUGCGGACGUAUCGGAUACCGUUCGCGCAGCCGAGUCAGACGACGCCGACGGAUUUGGAGCGCGCGGUGCGGUUGGGGAACGGGAUGUACGUGUGCGGGGAUCAUCGAUCGCCCGCGACGUUCGACGGCGCGAUGAUGAGCGGCAGGCUCGCCGCGGAGGCGGUCGUCGCGGACAUGCGGCGGUGA